AUGUCGAAGCACAUGCAGGCACCGGACUUUCUGGCCAAAGACGACCUCACACAAGCAGCAUACUUUCACGCCAAGCACCACCUCCACUCUGACAUCCUCGCACACAGUCUACGAGUAUGCAUGUACGCGAUCGCUUUUUCGAAACAUGAAGGCACAAAAUGGCACUCGGGCCGCAACAUAGCACUUCUCUCCACCGCAUGUCUCUUCCACGAUAUUGGAACGGCAGACAGCUACGACACCGGCCCAGUCCGCUUCGAGAUCGAAGGUGCGGAUGCUGCUACGAAGUUCCUAACGAAGCAUGGCGUGUCUCCGGAGGAUGCACUUGAAGUCUGGGUCGCGAUAACGCUCCAUGACACACCACAGAUCGCAGAGAGGAUCUCGGACCUCGCACGUUUGGUGCGGUUGGCUGUGUUGACCGAUUUCGGGAAGAAAGAUGCAUCUGGCACAAUCAGCAAGGAGGACACUCAAGCCGCUGAGCAGGAGUUUCCGAGGGGGAGUAUUGAGAAGGUUCUUAGUGAUGCUGUGGUGGCGCAGGCGAUGAAGCAGAGCGGCAAGGCACCAAGGCAUUGUUGGCCCGGUGACUUGUAUCGGGCGAAGAUGGAGGAGCCGGGAUGGGAGGGGGUCAACAAGGCGUUUUGA